UCAGUAGCGCCGAAGUCUACGGGUAUAGUGUCCGGAGUCCCCGGAAGAGGCCGGAGUGUGGGCUUCCGGCCCUGGAGGGAAAAAUGGCGGUGGUCGCUGUGUUCCCGGCUUUGACGCGGAUGCUGGCCCUGUCAAGGCGCCGACUCGUGUCACCUCCACUCGACGUGACAUCGUUCAGACGCUGCUACAGAGGUGACAGCCCGGCAGAUUCCCAAAAGGACAUGAUUGAAAUCCCUUUGCCUCCAUGGCAGGAGCGAACUGAUGAGUCCAUAGAAACCAAAAGAGCGCGCCUGCUCUAUGAGAGCAGGAAGAGGGGGAUGCUGGAAAACUGCAUUCUGCUCAGCAUCUUUGCUAAAGAGUAUUUGCACCGUAUGACAGAGAAACAGCUAAACCUGUAUGAUCGCCUCAUCAACGAACCCAGUAACGACUGGGACAUCUACCACUGGGCCACAGAAGCAAAGCCAGCUCCGGAGAUAUUUGAAAAUGAAGUCAUGGAAUUGCUGAGGGAUUUUGCUAAAAACAAAAACAAAGAGCAGAGACUGCGUGCACCGGACCUUGAAUACCUCUUUGAAAAGCAGAGCUGAGUGGGGUGGCCUGCCUGUCACCGGGCGCCUUCCUUGGCCCCGCUGCUCCUGCUCGACACUGGCCUUCGUUACCUGCCUCGCCUUCAGUGCACAGCCCAUCCAGGCCGUGGGUCCCGCCUCAAGUGACAAGCCCACCUCUACCCUAGGACUAGUAAACGUUCCUUGACUCUC